CAGCCCGUCUCCAGUUAUUCGAGGAAUGCGUUGAACAUGGCUGCCGCGAUGAAGGCGCAGAAAACGGGACUGCUGGAACUCCGAGUGACCGUGGACCGCUGGAUCCGGGUGUUGGCCACUCUUACCGAGGACAUGCUCACGGUUAACCCCGGGGAGGGCGUCGAGCAGCCCGCCAAGCCCAGCCCGAGUCCCGCCGGCGCGAUCAACGGAGACCCCCCGAACCUAAGCUUGUCCCCGGUCCCAGAAACCAUCACCAACGUGAAGCGCACCGUGCGAGUUACCAAGCAAGAUGUUGGGGGACUCGGAAUCAGUAUCAAAGGUGGGAAGGAGAACAAGAUGCCAAUCCUCAUCUCCAAGAUUUUCAAAGGCCUGGCCGCUGACCAGACUGAGGCGCUUUAUGUCGGUGACGCCAUAUUGUCCGUCAACGGUUAUGACUUACGGGAGGCCACUCACGACGAGGCUGUGCAGGCGCUGAAGAAAACUGGCAAAGAAGUCAUCCUUGAAGUGAAGUACAUCAAGGAGAUGUCGGCUUUCUUUAAGAACUCGGGGUCCCCCGGGGCCGGCCUCCCCUGGGACUCUCCCCCCUCCACACCUCAGAGGGGCACUGAUCUCUCCCCUGCUGAGGUGAAGGAGCCCUGCAGCAUCCCGCUGAAGAUGUGCCAGGUGUCACGAAAACAGUGCCCCCCGGACACAGAGAACAGGUAUUUCGAGGUGAUUUCGUCCAGCAGAAGGAACUCUGUGUUCCUGCGGGCUAAAGACCCAGCCAUGGCUCAGUCCUGGUACAAUGCCAUCCAGGCCGGCGCUGCCAGCCUUUUACCACGAGUGAAGGAGGACAUGAAGAGCAUGCAAUCUGGCAUGGAGGUCAAACAUCUGGGCUGGAUUACAGAGCAGGUGACCCAGGGUCCAGAGAAACCCGUACUGGCCAUGCUGACCGACAGAGACCUGCUCCUGUAUCCCUCCUUGCCUGAGAGCAAAGAGAGCCUCCGCAGCCCCACAAAGAGUCACCCGCUCAUUGCUACCAGACUGGUCCACUCCGGCCCAGGGAAAAGCUCUCCUCUCCUGGACUCUGACCUCUCAUUUGGCCUGCGUUCGGGCACUAAGCAAGGCGUGGAGACCCAUGUGUUCAGGGUGGACUCUGCCAAGGAGCUGUCCACCUGGACUCAUCUGCUGGUGGAGGGUUGCCAUAAUGCUGCCGAGCUCAUCAAGGAGGUCACCGCGGCCUGUAGUUGGAAUGGGAAGGAGUGCACCCUGGGAGUCCACAUUGAUGAGGGAUUCACACUAUUCACAGACGAGAUGGGUGUCAGGAAAAGUAUUCUGCUUCAGCAGCCCUUCGAGCGCCUAAGAAUGUCCUCAGACGACGGGGUUCGCAUGAUGUUCCUCGACUUUGGAGGCCCAGAGGCCGAGAUUCAACUGGACCUCCAUUCUUGCCCCAAGACCAUGGUUUUCAUCAUCCACUCUUUCCUGUCUGCCAAGGUCAAGCGACUGGGCCUCCUGGCAUGAUAAUGGUCAACCAUCCGGAACAUCAACAAUAGGAUUAUUCAAUAAAACACACAGCCAGAAGACUCUGAAACACCAGAGGAUGCAGCCCAGUGAAAGGUGCUGACUUGCCACUUUCUUUCAGCCCUCCUAGGCCUCUAAACGGCUCAUCUCUGGUCAGACACCCGUUGGUCUUUCUAAGGGAAUGAAUAGAAGACUGCAACUGUUGAUGGACCUUUGUUGAACUUGUAGUUGUAAGGUAAAGAGAGUUUUCACAUUAUGGCGCACGUCGGCAGCCACUUAGGGGAUCUGACAUCUGUCAAAUCCUUUUUACGGUGGGCCAUCAACACUUUAUGAUGGCAAACUGUGUGAAAUGACAGCUUGCAUCUUAACAUUUCUAAGCUUGAUGUCCCAACCAUUUCAUGUUUUUUGUGGCAUUGUUGAGUUUUGUUUUGUUUCAUUAGUCACGGCAGGCCUUUGUGCCGAGCGUCCUUUCAUCUUUCAAUCGUUGCUUUAUGCGCUGUGAGCAGUCAUAACAAUACGGUAUUUCACAAAUGUCCUGAUUGAUGUUGGACAAACUUUUUUUUUCUUCUUUUUUUUUUUUUUUUUUUUUUUACAAAGGCCGCUUCAGUGGAGUGACAGAAUGACGUGACUGAUCACCACACGAUCGAUAAUCUGAACUGAACAAUGUGCACAAUGCGAUAAUAACUAUAACCAUGUGCUUUUUAUGUGAAUGCUUAAGUUGCCUUUACCCUGAAUUUUCAUGAAAAAAAGACACAUACUUUUUAUUGAGGACAACUUCCAAAUGUCAAAUAAAAUAUCAUUUUCAUUGCAGCUCAACAACUUCUUAUUUUAUUCUCCUCUCUGUCUCUCUUCUUCCCCGUUUUAAGUGCUCAUCCAUGGCCUCACAAACAGAAAUGACUAACAGAGUAUCUUAUAAAAAGGCUUUUUUUUAAAUAGUGUUUUAGCCUAACCAAUAAAUUAAAUAAAAGCGUGUAAUUAUCCUAACAAGAAUCUGGAUGGCCUUUCCUUUCACAUCAGCCCGUGUGAAGUACAAAAUAAGAGUUUAGAGUUCAACCGACGAAGGUUGUUUCAUAAUCAUGUAUUGAAAGAGUGCCGGUUUAGCCAAACCUCUCAUCCUGUAUGGUUCAACUUUCAAGUACAAUACAAAGUACAGAGUUUUAUAGGACAGGGUUUUCUUUCAUUUUUGAUUUAAUCAUAAGAGAGGACAAACAGUCUUCAUCGGAAAGCACUGAUGGUCUGUUUUCUACACAAAUUGUCCACAUUUAAAAAUGUUCUUUUACCAUAUAGAGUAUGUUGAGUUGUUUACAUCAUGGAGUGUUUUUUGUAUUUCUUAUUUGUGUCGACUGAACAUCCACAACUCGGGGCCUUCUCUCUGUGUCCAACACUAAACAGACUUGUAUUAAUAUAUAUUUCAAAACUAAAACCUGUUUGCUUUCAAGAAUAAAAUGUAUUGUAUAUUCUUAUUUAAACAAAGGUGUGCCUUGCAGGGUUGUUUGUAUAUAAACAUGUAAUAAACUUUGUUAACUUUUAUUCUUUACUUUGCUUUUUUGAUUACGUAUUAAUGUCACUCUUGAUUAUUUUAUUCCUUUCAUUUGCUUCUCUAAAGACUAAGGCUCUUUUCCAUCUGUUUUAGCACACAAACACUACCUGUCCGCCGGAAAACAGACAAAGUAAGCGACUAGCUGGUGAAGUUAGUGCAGCAUUUUGG